UAUGUUGUUUAUCCAGAUUUCAUCUUCUGGCAGAUUUCAGCUUGUUGAUGCAACUGGGAGUAUUGAUGUUGUAUGUGACCUUCCAUCAACUUGGAAGUCUAACAGGAUUUUUGAGGUGAAGGACUUCAUUGUAGUUAUGGAAGGAAUACCUGAAAGGACACUUAACUUGGAUGUUCUUUCGGAUAACUCUUUAUCUUGCCAAAGUAUCUUUAAUGAUGCUCCAUUGGUGAGAAAGAUGGAGACAUCACUUUAUAUUUACUGCCAUAGAACAGGUGAAGAUUCUAGAAAUCAUCCAUGUUCUCUUUUCUUUGAUUGGAAAGAAAACUUUGAUGAACUUGAAGGUGGAAGAUUUCACUUGCUAAUGUUAACACACAAAUUUCCCAUUCAAUGCAAGUUUCAAGGAGAUCAAGUUAUUUCAAAGUGGUCAAACAUUUUUUCUGAGGCCAUAAUCCUUCCCUGGGAUUUACUUCUUGCAGAAAAGGACAGAGGUACGCUCGUGACCGAUAUUUCCAUGGACCAUCCAAGAGAUUCUCUCAGAAAUUUUACUAGAUGCGAGAAACGUUUUAUUAGUAAGAGGUGUAAAAUUGAUCUGUCUUCGAGCCAGUCUUCGGAUGCUGGCUUGGAUAAUGCUGGGAAUAGAGUCUGUAGUCAUCUGGAUGGUUCCUAUAGUUCUCACAACAAUUCUACAGAGGACAAAUGCUGUUUUAAGAACCCGCUAGAAUAUACAUGUUUAAUUACUAGUCAAAAAGAUGCUAAAUAUCAUUGCUGGGGAGUCUUGCGUUGCAGCAAGUCAGAUGCUGAGAUUGUUUCUGGUUUUGAACCUCAUACGAGGAAGGUAAUAAUGGAGUUCAAUUCUGAUAGCUUUUGCACGUAUCAGUUUCUGAAAAUUGGUGGUCUUUACAUUGUAAAACAUCAGGAUGAAGAUGUGUUUUGCAAUGUAAUUGAAGACAAUGUAGUCACUGGUGCUAAAGUUAUCAUCAAUUCUGGGACACAUCUUUGGAGUCUUAGGUUCUCAAAUUUGAAGAGUCUCCAAAGUUCAGAUUUCUCUUAUCUGUUUUCAUCUCAUAAUUCACCUGCCAGAUGUGAUGAGGUUAUUUCUAAAGGUUACCAGCAUUUUCAAAUUCCAAGUCUGACAUCUAAUGGUGUGAAUUAUGAAAUAUAUUCAGAUAUGAAUAUAUUUGUGCCUGCUGAUGCUCUAAGUUUAUUGGAGAAUGAUAUCAAACUAUUGGAAGGCUGUAUUAUUGGGCCGUCAUUUCCUUUUGAACAAGAAUCAGAUAUUCAUGAUUGUUCUGGGGCCAUGAUUACUGCAUCAAUGCAAUCAUCAGGAACUUCACAUUCUGGUCACCUUCUGCCUGAGGGGAACUUAAUAUCUUUACAUGGACUUGUAGUGGCUGUUCAUGAGUGUGAUCAUCAUUCUUUUGCCGCACAAAUAAGAGUUGACGGAAACAGUACUGGUUGCCUUCCAAUGUUUCUCCAAGGAAGAGAAAGGACUUGUAUGCAUGUUCUGGUGGACCAGCGCAUAGUCAAAAUUUUUGGCAAUCUAUCUAAACGUGCUUACCCUAUUGGAUUAGGAAGUGACGUGUAUGCAACCUUUCACCGAAUUCUUGUGCUUAGUGGGCGGAAUGAAUUUAUGGUAACACCUGUAUCUUUUAUCUCAAUCCACCACACUCGUUUGAUACAUCGCCAUUUCAGUGAUGAAUGUGAUUACGCAUCUGGCACCGUACGCUUACACAUCGUUGCCUCUCCAAAUGAUGUUGUACCUACAGCUUUGAUAUCUGAACUUGUGCAAUUUCCAGAUCUUAAACCGGUACAAAUUCAUUCCAGGGUUGUGGCAGUUUAUAUCCUUAUAUUAGAGAGAAGAAAAACUCUAUUUUUGCAACCUAGUCUUCAGUCCAGAUCAUCUAUAGUUGACAUCCCACUUGCUGGUUUUGUGUUGGAUGAUGGGUCAUCGUCCUGUUGUUGCUGGGCCGACUGGGAGACUGCUUCAAUCUUGCUUGGGUUACACUAUGAGGAAUAUUCACUUGAAACUUAUGCAGGAACUUUUGAGAGAUCUAAUGCUAGAAUGGGGCUAGCAUGCCACCUAAACAAAAUCUUGACGCGGCAUGGCCAAGUUGUAGUGAAAAACUACGGAUCCGUGUUUGAUUCUUCCUGUCAAGACCUUGCAUUUUCUGUUGAUUCAGACGAUUUGGUUAGCAGCUCAGAUGAAAAUCUCCUUAGAAGCUUGAUUAUAAGUGCUUGUUUUAGCACAUUUUGGACUGUUGGUGGUGUUCUCAUGGAUCCAAAUGCCACUAAGGGCUUAGAAGAGCGCUUAGUCGAACUAGGUAUGACGAUGCUUCCUUUGCAGAAUGUAAGGGUGACUAGUGUUCGUCACACGGAUCCUCUCUUAGAAGCUAAGAACAUUAUUCAAGAGCUUGUAUAAAAGUAACUUUUUGUAACUUAUGAUUUCGAUGAGGCUCUAUAUCAUAUGUCUGUUGUACGUAA